AUGACAAUCACACACACACUAAAUUCUUUACAGGUUUGUUACAAACACAAGUAUGUCACAGAGUCUGGAGGAGUAAAUUAUGAUUUUGGAUGUGCACAGCUAGAGAUUAUACAGAGAAGAAUAAAUGGAUUUGUUGAUUUCUACCGAGGAUGGUCAGCCUACAAAGAAGGUUUUGGUAAUGUUAACGGUGAAUAUUGGUUGGGCAACGAUAACAUCCAUGAGAUAACUUCCCAUAGUAACCAUGAUCUGAGAAUAGAAUUAGAAGAUUUUGAUGGAAACAUGAGAUACGCAGAAUAUACAACUUUCAGUGUUGGUGACGAAGGGAGCGGCUACCGUUUGCUUUUGUAUAACUACUCUGGAAACGCUGGUGACUCCUUAGUACACCACAAUGGUAUGAAGUUCACUACAUUUGACAGGGAUAAUGAUCCAAAUACGGCUAAUAACUGCGCAGUUUUGUUUAAAGGAGCAUGGUGCAGUUGGUGGCAGAAGAAUGCCGUCGAGGACAAGACUUGUGGCGUCUGUAAGAAUGGAGGAGUAUUUGAUGCCACACGAAAUCGAUGUAAAUGUCCUAUAGGCUUUGUUGGAAGUUGCUGUAAUGAUUUUAGUGUGUGCGGAUUCCAUCCAUGUCAACAUGGCGGCAAAUGCACAACUAACGGACAGGGAUACAACUGUACAUGUACCCCGGGAUAUGCUGGAUCGAACUGUCGGAUAGAUAUUGAUGAAUGUGCAUCAAAUCCGUGUCAAAAUGGAGGUAGCUGUAGAGAUAAAGUCAACAAAUACAGUUGUUCGUGUAUAACAGGGUAUACAGGAAUCAACUGCCAAACAGGUAAACUUGAAUAUUGGCCAUACUAUACUAUUGGUCUUAUAUGUUAUUAG